AUGCAUACCCGUCAAUGGACAGCCAUUCUCAGCCUCCCGGUUUGGCUGCAAAUAGCUUGCGUCAACGCAGCUUUUGGCGGUGGUAGUGAUCAUCCAUAUGACAGCGACGUCCUGAAACAGCAGGAAUCCAUCUUCGGGAUUUGUCCGGACUACACUAACUAUGCGCGUCAUAUUCACAAACCUCUCAGCAAGGGACCUCUACAACUACCCUUCCAAAGGCCACACCCAAGCUGCCGCAAGUUCUCUUCGCCCGCCGUGGAACAAGUAAUAGAUGAUCUCUACCCUCGAUUAAAAGAUCCGGACCUUGCGCAGAUAUUCCAGAACGCAUUUCCAAAUACCCUCGACACGACGGUGCUAUGGCACGUAGAUGGAGAAAAGACACAUGCUCCCCCAUCAAGAUUACUGCGAGACAGAGACAGAUGGCAAGGCGCGCACUCGUUCAUCGUGACAGGCGAUAUCAAUGCGGAAUGGUUGAGAGACUCUACGAAUCAACUCGCUCAAUACCAACUUCUUGCAAAAUCGGCCCCGGACAUCUCGAAACUCAUCCUCGGAGCAAUCAAUACACAGGCUGAAUUUGUGAUAUCUUCACCUUAUUGCAACGCAUUCCAGCCUCCGGACCCAUCUCGUUUGGCUCCAGUCCACUCAGGUCAAGACGACAUUGUUCAUCCGGCCUAUGAACCCACCGUUGUCUUUGAAUGUAAAUACGAACUCGACAGCCUCGCUGCAUUUCUGAAGCUGACGAACGAAUACCACGCAACCACUGGCUCCACGGCGUUUUUGACCACUCGAUGGUUCAAAGCGCUUGAGGCCCUUUUGCAAGUCCUCGACGCACAGGCACGGCCAACUUUCAAUCCAACCACGGGAUGGUACGAACGCAAUGAAUACACAUUUAACCGCUACACACGCAUUGGGACAGAGACACUCAACUUAGAAGGAACCGGAAACCCCUUAGCAAGUGGAACAGGCCUGAUUCGCUCUGCCUUCCGGCCGUCAGACGAUGCUACGAUUUUCGGCUUCCUGAUUCCCGCUAACGCAAUGAUGGCUGUCGAACUGUCUAGAGCAGCCAAGAUGCUCAAAUCCGCCGGCGCGGCCACGUCACGAGAAACACAAGCAGUGCGAAUGAUCCAAGUUGCGGAUGACCUCGCUGGCCGUGCAGAGACCAUUAAGAACGGAAUCUACAAGCACGCCGUCGUCACGCAUCCGGAAUUUGGACAGGUAUUUGCGUACGAAGUCGACGGCUACGGCGCCCACCUCCUGAUGGACGACGCAAACAUCCCUUCCCUCCUAUCCCUCCCUCUCCUAGGCUUUGUCGACGCCGACGACGAAAUCUACCAAAACACCCGACGCAUGAUUCUAACCCAGCGCGGUAACCCAUACUACCUUUCGGGCUCGAAAUUUCAGGGAAUAGGCGGUCCACACAUCGGCUUACGCAACGCCUGGCCCAUGUCUGUCGUAGUGCAGGCCAUGACGUCGACCUCUGACGGCGAGAUAUUAGAAUGUCUUGACAAAGUGAAGAACGUGAGCGUCUUCGGCUUGAUCAACGAGUCCGUGGAUGUGCACCGGGGCGUCAAGCGCGGAGGCGGAGGCGAAGGGAUGACGCGCAGUUGGUUCGCGUGGGCCAACAGCGUGUUCGCCCAAGCAGUCCUGUGGCUCGCAGAGCACAAGCCAGGUCUCGUCCUGAGGGACAGCGACGACGGAAGCCCGCCUAAAGGGUAUCGUGUGGGCGUUGGGUGGGUGGAAUAUUCUGUCUGA